AUGGGAAAGCGCAAGGCCACCGACGAUAAGGUCCCCACCAAAGACAAGAUGGACAUCGACGGGGAGGAUAGCGGCAGCUCAGACGACGAAGACAUGCUCAAUGUGGAUUUUGAGUGGUUUUCACCCAACCAAGAUGUCGACUUUCUAGGCCUCAAGACUUUACUUCGUCAGCUCUUUGAUGUCGACAACCAGCUAUUCGACCUCYCCGCCCUGACGGACCUCAUACUGGCUCAAAAUCACAUUGGCUCGACGGUCAAAUGUGACGGCGAAGAAAGCGAUCCUUACGCUUUUCUUACAGUUUUAAAUCUUCAUCAGCACAAGAACAAGCCUGUCGUCAAGGACCUAAUAGCCUACCUAAUCGCCAGAAGCAAGAUCUCCUCGGAACCCAGCAUUGCUGAUCAGCUCGAGAGACUUUUCUCCCCGGAUGCAUCUGCUCAAGUUGGAUUGAUCCUUACAGAGCGCUUCAUCAACAUGCCGCAUCAGAUCAUCCCGCCUCUUUACACAAUGCUUCAGUCCGAGAUACAAUCCGCACUGAAAGACAACGAGCCAGUAAAGUUCUCUCACUACCUCCUGAUCUCCAAGACGUACACGGAAGUUGCGUCAAAGUUAGAUGCCGAGGAUGCUCAGCCUGCGAAGAAGAAGAAGGCAUCAUCUGCGGCGGCGGCAGAGACAUUUUACUUCCAUCCCGAGGACGAGGUCCUGCACAGACAUGCGGUCGCGUAUGCGAAUUUCGACUACGAAAAACAGGGCGAUGAUGGUGCCAGUGAUGCGAAACGCGCGUUCCAAGAAAUGGGCAUCAGGCCGCAAGGACAUCUGGUCUUGGUGGACGGCGGCAAGUUUGAUGGUGCUGUGAAGGCGGUGGUUGAGUACUUGGGCGGGAGUGAUGGACAAAGCGCUUAG